UCUGACCUAAAGGUCACACGCUGAAAUAUGCAGAAGAAACACUCAAAGCUUUCCCAGUUUUAAUAUCACCAGGGACAGAUUUAAACGAGAAUUGUAUAGACAGUUCCCUAAACCUAGACAGGGUUUUACAGUGACGAAUCUGGGAUUUUUUAUUUUAUUUUAUUAAUAUUCCUAUUAUUUUAAGCUUCAUGAAAGAUUUAAGACUUCAUCGGAUGUAGAACAUGAAAUAACACAUCCUUUAUAUUUCCCAGGAGAGAGUGGAAAGAUGUUUGUGUUGCGUAAUAGUUUUGAUGACAUUGUUUAUUUAAUGGCAGCAUGACCCAUUGAAAUGGAAUUUCCUGACUGCGGAAUUGGAUCCAAGGAAGAUAAGAAGAGACUCCAUGGAACAGGUGAAGACACAGUACAAGAGGAAACCAGAGGAUUCUGUGAUCGGGCAAGCAGUACUACAUCAUUGUCUUGAAAAUUAUCUGGAUUGUAGAGAAAUGUGUAAGGCUUCCUAAAUCUUUCUUGGAGUUACUUUUGGUGCUUCUACUAAAGCUGUUCUCCGUGUUGUUAAAAGAAGGGAGAUAUUCUUGGUGCUGAAAGGUAACAGGAAUUUUACUUAAUGUUGAAAUGUGUGAUGAGCUAUCCUUGGUGCUGCAAGGUAAAGGCUAUAGUUGGUGGUGAAAUCUAUUUGGAGCUGACCUUGAUGCAGAAGUCUACCUGGAGCUGUCCUUGGUGCUGAAGUCUAUCUGGACUUGUCUUUCGGGAAGAACCAGUAACCCGGCACUUGUACCAAUCUCUUAAAAUUCAUGGCACAUGUGCCUAUGUCUUUUCUGCCACUAAUCAACAUUAUUUCUAUCUCAACAACUCUCAUCAAAACUCCAGAAUGGUCUCCUGACUUACAUUCAUGGAAUUAGAAAUGAAUGGCCUUUGAAGAACUUAAGCUUCACCGUAGCAAGCCAUAAGACAAUGUUUUAUCUUUUUACAAGUUUUGGAGACUUCUUGUUGAAGCAAUCAAAAGUUCCAGUGUCCUUCAAAUCAUGUGCACAGAGACCUUCCAGAACGUUUACCUUCCACGUUUAUAUCUGGUGGUUAAUUUUAGGUGUAUUAAUGAAUUCUUGGAGAGCUCAAUCAGUAAACUUUACGGUGGGCAUUAUAGGUCCUUGGGAUUGUGAUCCAAUUUUCUCCAAAGCUUUGCCGGAAUUAGCUGCAAGGUUAGCGGUGAACAAAAUAAACAAUGAUUCUACAUUAGAGCUUUCCUACCAACUUAACUACAAAAUCCUGCAAGAAAACUGUGAAACAUCCAAAGCAUUGGUGGAGUUUGCUAGUUAUGGCGAACUCUCGUCUGCUUUUUUAGGCCCUUUAAAUCCUGGAUACUGUGACUCUGCAACACUUUUGGGCAAAAACUGGAACAAAGCCGUGUUCUCUUGGACUUGUGUUAAUCAUGAUCUGGACAGCAAAGACAGUUUCCCAACUUUUGCCCGGACUAUGCCCUCACCAACCAAAGUGUUAUUUCACUUCAUGAAAUAUUUUCGGUGGGCACAUGUCGGAGUGAUUUCUUCCAAUGAAGAUAUAUGGGUGGACACAGCUCGGAAAGUAGCCAGUGCUCUUAGAAAUCUCGGGCUACCUGUGGGUAUUGUGAAAAACAUGGGAAACGGAAAUCAAGGUAUUGAAGACACCUUGAGAAAUAUUAAAGACACCAAUGACCUCAGAGUUAUCAUAAUGUGCAUGCAUUCUGUACUCAUUGGAGGGGAAGAACAGGCCAUCUUUCUUACAAAAGCGCAUGAAAUGGGACUAACAGACGGAAGAUAUGUCUUUAUACCAUACGACACUUUGCUUUACAGUCUUCCUUAUAAAAACAACUCAUUAUACAUCCUUGAUAAAAACAGCAAACUGCGGGAGGCUUAUGAUGCUGUGCUGACAAUCACUGUGGAUUAUGAGGACAAGUCAUUUUAUGACGUAUUUGCAGAAGAGAAAGAAAAGGGUAGGAUUAAAACGAAUCUGGAACCACACCAAGUGUCUCCACUAUUUGGAACUAUCUAUGAUGCAAUGUACAUCAUGGCCAAAGCCAUGAGCACUGCUUGGAAACAAGGAGCUUGGAUUUCCGGAACAAAUCUGGCAGAAUACACCAAAAACCUGGAUAUCCCUGGAUUUAUACAAAUGCUUUACACAGAUGGAAAGGGGAAUAGUCUGAGUAACUUUGUAGUACUGGAUACUGAUGGGAAAGUGAACCAGCUCUUCCCAACCUACUCUGUAGAGAUAGCAUCCAACUUGGUGCGAUUUUUGGGCAAGACUAUAAGGUUUCCAGGUGGAACACCACCUCCUGCAGACUCCAGCUGCUGGUUUGACCCUGACAUAAUAUGUAUAGGAGGUAUUGAACCAUCUAUUGUCAUCCUGGUGUUUGGUUUGGUGUUUGCUCUUGCUCUGUGUGGUGUUUGUGUGUCUUAUCUGAUCAGACAUAGCAUCCUCCAGAUACAAUUGGUUAAAGGACCAAACAGAAUAUUACUGUCUUUGGAUGACCUGACGUUUAUAAACCCCAAACUCAGUAUAAAGAAACUGAACAUUGACAGUAUGAGUGACACCAAGAGUGUGUCUGACUGCAAGAGUCUCGCUCGAUCACUCUCUACAAAAAGUUUGGGGGCAACACACGAGAACUCCAAUGUGGCUGUUUAUGAGGGAGAUUGGGUUUGGUUGAAGAAAUUUGAGCCUGGUGUUUACCACGAACUGAGGCAAAGUACCACCAGUACACUACGAAAGAUGAAAGAUUUGAGAAAUGAAAAUGUCAAUCCCUUUCUGGGAUUUUUCUCUGAUUGUGGUAUUUUCGCCAUCGUGACCGAACACUGUUCUAGAGGUAGUUUGGAGGAUCUCCUUCGGAAUGAAGAUGUCAAACUGGACUGGAUGUUUAAGUCAUCUCUGCUGCUGGACUUAAUAAAGGGUAUGAGAUAUUUACACCAUCGGGACUUUCCCCACGGUCGUUUAAAAUCCCGGAACUGUGUUGUCGAUGGGCGCUUUGUGCUGAAAAUCACUGACUAUGGAUUAAAUGAUAUUAUAGAAACUCAGAAAUGCCCUCGUUACCCACAUCCACCAGGAGAAUUGUUUUGGACAGCUCCAGAGUUACUUCGGGAUCAGACACUGGCUAGGAGAGGCACGUUUAAAGGGGAUGUUUAUAGCUUUGCUAUUAUUUUACAAGAAGUCGUAGUAAGGGGCCCACCAUAUUGUAUGUCAGGACUUUCAGCUGAAGAAAUUAUAAGAAAAGUGAAGAAACCCCCUCCUCUAUGCCGCCCAACUGUGGCCCCUGAUCAAGCCCCCCUGGAAUGCAUUCAGUUGAUGAAGCAAUGUUGGAGUGAACUUGCCGAGAGGCGGCCAACAUUCGAUGAGAUAUUCGAUCAGUUUAAAACAAUUAACAAAGGAAAGAAGACCAAUAUCAUAGACUCAAUGUUGAGGAUGCUGGAGCAAUAUUCGAGUAAUUUGGAAGAUUUAAUCAGAGAGCGAACAGAGGAAUUGGAGGUUGAGAAGCAGAAAACUGAAAAACUUCUUUCUCAGAUGUUACCACCUUCUGUGGCCGAAGCUCUGAAAACCGGUGGCACCGUGGAGCCAGAAUAUUUUGAUCAAGUUACCAUCUAUUUUAGUGAUAUUGUUGGAUUUACCACGAUAUCAGCGCUCAGUGAACCUAUUGAAGUGGUCGACCUGUUGAACGACCUCUACACCCUGUUUGAUGCUGUUCUGGGGAAUCACGAUGUUUACAAGGUGGAAACCAUCGGCGAUGCCUACAUGGUGGCAUCUGGACUCCCAAAGAGGAACGGAAACAAGCACGCAGCAGAGAUCGCCAAUAUGUCUUUAGACAUCCUUAGCUCUGUAGGAACAUUCCAAAUGAGACACAUGCCCGAUGUACCUGUCAGGAUUAGGAUAGGAUUGCAUUCAGGACCUUGCGUGGCUGGAGUUGUGGGCCUUACAAUGCCACGUUACUGUCUGUUUGGAGACACCGUAAAUACUGCCUCACGAAUGGAAUCCACAGGACUGCCUUACAGGAUCCACGUCAACCAAAGCACAGUGGCAACUCUUCGUACACUAAAGGAAAAUUACAAAAUAGAACUUAGAGGGAAGAUAGAACUAAAGGGUAAAGGUAUAGAAGAAACAUUUUGGCUAGUAGGAAGAGAUAGCUUUACCAAACCAUUACCAAAUCCUCUGGAUAUCAAGCCAGGGGAAGACUGGUUUGAAGUCAUAAACAAAGAAAUCAAGUCAAUAUUUUGGAAAACAAGAAAGAGUGUAAUCACAAAAUACUGAGACUGUGAUAGUCUUGGACUGGCUGAUCAGCUGUAGAGCAGAAACCCUUGUGGAAGGUUUCCUGGUGGUUUAAUUGGUUGGACGAGUCAGCUCACAGAGACAUUGACUAUAGAAUCACAGAGAAUUAAAUGAUGUGAGUAGACAAAGCAUAUGGAGGCUGAAGGUUAAACCUAGCUACAAAACAAGCAACUGCUCUAGAAAAUCUAGCCACGGACAAUAAAAACUUGGAAUCUACGGCAUUCGUUUUGUUGACAUGAUGAUCAUUGCAAGAUGCCACGUUGAUGAAAUGGAUAUCGGAGUGAGAACCAACGAAAUAAGGAAACCAUACUUUAGAAAAAGCCAUGUUAUUCUGGCUUAACUCAGAAUAAUUGUAUCAUAUUUAAUCUAAAAGACCUUAUAUUAUGCCCAAACUAAUUUGUAAUUGUAUUUUUUGAAAACAGAGAAAUACAAGAUUAGAGGUCUUAAUGAAAAGGAUAGUUUGAAGGUAUAUUGGUAUUUGGUUACGUUCGAUUUUAUGCUCAUAUGGUCCAGAAGCAAAAGUCCUAUAUCUACACUGAACAUCAUUCACUUCCAUCCUGAGUUUUAUGGCCAUUCUGCAGACCGUAGUAUCAAUGAGAGAGUAACAAUAUGUAUCAACGGAGGAUUGAUAUAGAGUGACAAGUAAGUAAAGGGCAGAAACAAAACAGAAUAGGCAUGGACAAAGCAAAAUGGUCAAUAAAAAAACAGGUAUGAGCAAGAAGCAGAAAGAUAACAAAACCCUUAAUUAGAAAAUUAGAGCAUGUCUAAAAUUAUAUAUGUUACAAACAAAUGGAUCAGUUAAUGGUCAACAUGACUGGAAGGCAGUGCAUUUAGAGAUGGGAAUAGAACAUAUAAUGCAUAGAGUUAGAAUUUGGGAUAGAAUAUGAAAUACAGAUAUCUUUCUGAACUUUCUGAACCAUCUUUGCCUCUUGUUUCAUAAAUAGAGGUGUAAUCCUACAAUGUCUUACGGUACUCGGUCACUGAACCCAGCUA